AUGAGUCAAACAAUUGAGGAAGCCGAUACUUAUACUUUGGUAGAGAAUCUCGCACAAAGCAAUGGGAGUAAUGGCUCGGAUUAUGAUCGGACUACAAGGAAAAACAAUGAUGAAUCUCAUCAUGCCAUCCAAGAGCUGAAUGCAAAAAUGGAUAAGAUAUUGAAGCGUGACCAAAAGAUGACGGUAAACUCUUGUGAAGAGUAUGGUGGAUAUCAAGGGUACCAAGACUUUGGUGUUGAAGGGUAUGAGGAGCCACAAGAAGAGUUGAACUAUGUUGGAGGUCAAGGAUUCCAACCAAGACCUUUCAACCAAAACUAUAGGAACCACCCGAGGAACGCCUUUAUAACCAAAUGA